GUACAUGAAAGAACAUAGCCCCAUUUGUGCUUCUCCAGGGGCAGGAGAAUAUCUAGGGCAGGAGAAUCCCUGCAGGGCCUCUGAGGCUCCCUUUGCUUCUUCCUCUCUCCCAGGACCCUGCAGCUUGUUUUGGGCUUCUCAACUCCUCAGGAAGGAUGAAAGAGACUGAUCCUGCAGGGAGAUGGACGGUUGGCCUGGUCAAGUUGUCUCCUGCAUCCCUCCCUACAACCUCUGAGAGUUCCCUCCCAGGGACCUCCGAGAGAUCUGAUGGUGAUGAAUUGGAAGGGAAGAACAAGGGGGACCACAACAGAAUCCACAUAGCAGAGAAGUCAUAUAAAUAUUCAGAAUGUGGAGAGAACAUUGGUCAGAGUUCCCAGUCCACUUCCCAUCAAAGAACGAGCUUCAUUCAGAGGGAUAGCCUCACAUCACACGAAAGAGCACAGAGGGAGAAAUUGUAUCAGUGCAGAGAAUGUGGGAAGAGCUUCAGUCGGAAGGAUAGUCUCAUUUCCCAUCAAAGAAUUCAUACAGGGGAGAAACCCUAUCAGUGCUUGGAAUGUGGGAAGAGCUUCAGUCAAAGUGCCACGCUCUCUUCUCAUCAAAGAAUUCAUACAGGGGAGAAACCCUAUCAGUGCAUCGAAUGUGGGAAGAGCUUCAGUCAAAGCACCCAUCUAACUUCCCAUCAAAGAAUUCAUACAGGGGAGAAACCCUAUCAGUGCUUCGAAUGUGGGAAGAGCUUCAGUCGAAGUGACAUUCUCGCUUCCCAUCAAAAAAUUCAUACAGGGGAGAAACCCUAUCUGUGCUUGGAAUGUGGAAAGAGCUUCAGUGAAAGUGCCAGUCUCACUUCCCAUCAAAGAAUUCAUACAGGGGAGAAACCCUAUCAGUGCUUUGAAUGUGGGAAGAGCUUCAAAUGUGGGAGGAGUUUCAUUCGUAGUUCCGCUCUUACUUCCCAUCAGAGAAUUCAUACUGGGGAGAAACCCUAUCAGUGCUUGGAAUGUGGGAAAAACUUCAGUUGGAAGGAAAGUCUCAAAUCCCAUCAAAGAAUUCAUACGGGCCACAAACCGUAUCAGUGCUCAGAAUGUGGAAAGACCUUUCGCCAGAGGGGUGAUCUCACUUCCCAUCAGAGAAUUCAUACAGGGCAGAAACCAUUUCACUGCCAAGAGUGCGGAAAGAGCUUCACACAGAGCACUAGUCUCAUGCUUCAUCAAAGAACUCAUACAGGGGAGAAACCGUACCAGUGCUUGGAAUGUGGAAAGAGCUUCAGUCGGAAGGACCAGCUCACUUCCCAUCAGAGAAUUCAUACAGGGGAGAAACCCUAUCAGUGCUUGGACUGUGGAAAGAACUUCUGUCGGAGGGUGAAUCUCACUUCCCAUCAGAGAACUCACACAGGGCAAAAACCAUUUCCGUGCUUGGAAUGUGGAAAGAGCUUCAGUCAGAGGGUGAAUCUUUAUUCCCAUCAGAGAAUUCAUUCAGGGCAGAAACCAUUUCAGUGCCAAGAGUGUGGAAAGAGCUUCACACAGAGCACUAGUCUCGUGCUCCAUCAAAGAAUUCAUACAGGGGAGAAACCCUAUCAGUGCUUGGAAUGUGGAAAGUGCUUCCGUCAGAGUACUUGUCUCACUUCCCAUCAGAGAAUUCAUACAGGGGAGAAACCAUUUCCAUGUCAAGAGUGCGGAAAGAGCUUCUCACAGAGCACAGGUCUCAUUCUCCAUCAAAUAACUCAUACAGGGGAGAAACCGUAUGAGUGCUUGGAAUGUGGGAAGACUUUCACUCGGAACAACCAAUUUACUUCCCAUCAAAGAAUUCAUACAGGGGAGAAACCCUAUCAGUGCUUGGAAUGUGGGAAGAGCUUCCGUGAUAGGAGCAAUCUAACUACCCAUCAAAGAAUUCAUACAGGGGAGAAACCAUUUCAAUGCCAAGUUUGUGGAAAGAGCUUCACUCAGAGUACUGGUCUCAUGCUGCAUGAAAGAAUUCAUACAGGGCAGAAACCCUAUCAAUGCUCGGAAUGUGGAAAGAGCUUCAGUCAGAGCACACAUCUUACUUCCCACCAGAGGAUUCAUACUGGGGACAAACCGUAUCAGUGCUUCGAAUGUGGGAAGAGCUUCAGUCGGAAGGAAAGUCUCAGUUUCCAUCAACGGACUCACACAGGUGAGAAACCAUUUCAAUGCAUGGAGUGUGGAAAGAGCUUCACUGAGAGCGGAAGUCUUAGAAUUCAUCAACGGACUCACACGGGGGAGAAACCAUUUAAAUGCAUGGAGUGUGGAAAUAGCUUCACUAAAAGUGGAAGCCUUAGAAUUCAUCAACGGACUCACACAGGGGAGAAACCAUUUAAAUGUAUGGAGUGUGGGAAAAGCUUCAGUCAAAAUGGACACCUUAGAAUUCAUCAACGGACUCACACCGGAGAGAAACCAUUUAAAUGCAUGGACUGUGGAAAUAGCUUCACUGAUAGUGGGCAACUUAGAAUUCAUCAACGGACUCACACCGGAGAGAAACCAUUUAAAUGCAUGGAAUGUGGAAAUAGCUUCACUAAAAGUGGAAGCCUUAGCAUUCAUCAACGGACUCACACCGGGGAGAAACCAUUCAAAUGCACGGAGUGUGGAAAUAGCUUCACUGAGAGCGGAAGUCUUAGAAUUCAUCAAUGGACUCACACCGGGGAGAAACCAUUCAAAUGCAUGGAGUGUGGAAAGAGCUUCACUAAAAGUGGAAGUCUUAGAAUUCAUCAACGGACUCACACAGGGGAGAAACCAUUUAAAUGUAUGGAGUGUGGGAAAAGCUUCAGUCAAAAUGGACACCUUAGAAUUCAUCAACGGACUCACACCGGAGAGAAACCAUUUAAAUGCAUGGACUGUGGAAAUAGCUUCACUGAUAGUGGGCAACUUAGAAUUCAUCAACGGACUCACACGGGGGAGAAACCAUUUAAAUGUAUGGAGUGUGGAAAUAGCUUCACUAAAAGUGGAAACCUUAGAAUUCAUCAACGGACUCACACCGGGGAGAAACCAUUUAAAUGCAUGGACUGUGGAAAUAGCUUCACUGAUAGUGGACACCUUAGAAUUCAUCAACGGACUCACACCGGAGAGAAACCAUUUAAAUGCAUGGAGUGUGGAAAUAGCUUCACUAAAAGUGGAAGCCUUAGAAUUCAUCAACGGACUCACACCGGGGAGAAACCAUUCAAAUGCAUGGAGUGUGGAAAGAGCUUCACUGAGAGCGGAAGUCUUAGAAUUCAUCAACGGACUCACACCGGGGAGAAACCAUUUAAAUGCAUGGAGUGUGGAAAUAGCUUCACUAAAAGUGGAAGCCUUAGAAUUCAUCAACGGACUCACACCGGGGAGAAACCAUUUAAAUGUAUGGAGUGUGGAAAGAGCUACAGUCACAGUGGACACCUUAGAAUUCAUCAACGGAUUCACACCGGGGAGAAACCAUUCAAAUGCAUGGAGUGUGGAAAUAGCUUCACUGAGAGCGGAAGUCUUAGAAUUCAUCAACGGACUCACACCGGGGAGAAACCAUUCAAAUGCAUGGAGUGUGGAAAGAGCUUCACUAAAAGUGGAAGUCUUAGAAUUCAUCAACGGACUCACACGGGGGAG